AUGAGUGUGACUCUUCUGCUCGUGCUGCUGGCUUGCGCGUUCGCGAUACAAGCGGCACCGUUAAGGGGCGGGCACGGAAUGGCGGGGAAGCUGCAGCAGCAGCAAGCGGAGGGGUACAUCGAGAUGCCGCAAGAAGACGACAACGCGGCGCGCGUCAACGAGCUGCCUUCCUUCGAACGGUCUAUGGAGCUAUAUCGCGCCUGGGAGGGGGUCUACGGCCUCGCGGACCCCGCGCAGCCUCCUGCGCGCAUUGCCCUGCCGCCCAACGUGCCGCGCGCUCCGCACCUGGAGGACUGCUCUGCGCGGAGCACGUUCCGUCAGCAGACGGAGGCGCGCGGGCCGCGCGGGGAAGCGCCCACGUGGUCCAGCGUGCCGAGCGGGUGCCGUUACCCGCAACCGCCUUGGGUGCGCGGAUCGGACGCCGCCAAUCUCGCCGGGACGCGCCAGGCGCAGGCCGACAUCUGGCUGCACCAGUUCCCCGCGCGCUCCGCCUCCGCGGCCGCUCAAGCCGCCAGGGGGGAGUGCGUCGGGCGGCGGUUGCUGGUGGUGCCGUGGCCGAGCCGCAGAAACGGCAUCGGGUCGCAGAUUCACAUCAUGAGCGCGUGGCUGAAUCACGCCAUGUCGCACGACCGCAUUCUCGUCCCCACGCCCGGAUCCUUUGAGCGCGCCAACCACUCCCACUGCACUGGCGCAGCCAAGGGCUCCUUCUCCUGCUACUUCUUCCCCCUCGUCGCCCCCUCGUGCGACGAAGCCGCACUCGAAGCAAUAGCAGCCGUCGCAGCAGCAGGGCCAGCAGGGAAGGGUGGGGCAACGCUAAUGGCGUCCGACGCGCGCAUUCUGCUCUUCACUGAAUCGACUUUUCCUCCGCAUUCCACGGCGCUGGCUGCUAGGGGGGGUGGGGUGAGCGUGCUGGCUACGAGUCCCAAGGGCAUGGGCGCAGAGGGGAUGGAGGCGCUGAUGGGGUCUGACAGGCGCGUUCUGCUCUCCACUGAGUCGACCUUUCCGCCCUUUCCGCCCCAUGCCACGGUGCUAGCUGCCAGAGAGGGGGGCACGGCAGUUCUAGAGAGAAGGGGGCACACGGAGGUGCUGGGGUGGGCCGUUCUAACUCUCUCACCUGCGCCUGUUCCAAACCCCUCCUUUCCAUCCCCAUCUCCCUCCCAUCAGGCGGUGGGGCACAGCGUUUCUGGAGAGCAGGGGGGACACGAGGCGAUGCGGUGGGGCACAGCAUAUCUGGAGAGCAGGGGAGACACGGAGGUGAUGGGGCGGGUGCGCGUGGAGAACCCUCCGUACCUGCAGCUACACUGGUGGCGAGCGCAAUCCUUCCGCUUCAUGCUGCGCUGGCCCUCAGCCUACCUCUGCCACCUCACCAACCGCGCCCGCCACGAGGCUUACGGCCUGCCUGUCGCCACCCGCCUCGUCAACUCCCUCUUGCAGCAGCAAAACAUCAUCGCCUCCCUCUCCUCCCCCUCCUCCUCCUCGCCUUCUCACUCCCUCCAAGACUCGGCCAACCCAGACAAUCUCAAGAUCAACGUAUCAUCCGAAGCAGCAGUGCUGGCAGCUCUCUCCUUCUCCCCACAAACCUCCCUCGAAACCAGGGCCUGGCCCGCUCUAGGCUUCGACGGGUGCUCCUCUGAAACCCACGUCUCUCCGGAAAUCGCCCAGAAACUCGACCUCACUCCCUCCUCCUCCUCCUCCUCCUCCUCCUCUCCCCCUCUCACCUUCACGCCGCAAGGCAUUGUGGAUUCGGUGUAUGAGGGGGUGGGCGGGGAGGUGUACAUGCCGCGGCCGAUGGUGAGCGUGCAUGUGCGGCAGGGUGACAAGGCGAUCGAGAUGGAGCUCUCCUCCUUCGCCUCCUACAUGUUCCUCGCGUACCGCCUCCGCUCCCACACGCCGGAUUUGCAGUAUGCCUGGCUCAGCACAGAGAUGGAGGUGAGCGGAUCCGAAUCAGGCAGAAUGAGAGGAGGAAAGGAAGGUAGAAGAGGCAGCGAGAGUGGAGAGAGGGGGAGGGGUAAUGGAGGCUAUUCGGUGGUUCAGCAGUCUCGAGCAUACAAGGACUGGACCUUCUUCUACACUCGCAACAAGAGGCAGACAGGAGCAACAGCCAUGGUGGCUUAUGAGCAGGACGCGGGUGUAGAGCUGCUGGUGGGGGUAAGCUUUGCCAACCUCAUUAUAGCGUCGGAGUGCGAUUAUUUCAUCGGUCCGCUCAAGUCCAACUGGAACAGGCUAAUCAAUGGCCUGAGAAUGACAAAUGGACGCAUGAAUAGGGGAUAUGCGGCUCUCAAUUUCGGAGGAUGGUAG